AUACAUGAAUUACAGUUCUGAAGGCCUCUGCCAUAAGACAUAAUUUUUACUGAUUUUUUUUUUAAAAAAGAGUGAUGGGACAAAUUCCAAGGCAGUAACAUGUUAAAAGAAUACAUUAAUUAUAAUAAUUACCGAUAUAUGUUACGCCCAUUCAUAAUGAAAUAAAAUGUCAAGUAAAUGACAUCACUAAACAUGAUAUCAUGCUCGCUCCUGUCCUACGUAGCAUCACAUAUUCGUUGUUUUUUGUUUUGUUUUGGUAAUUCCAAAAAUAGAGUAGUUUUGGUCGAGCUCGACGACGAGCAUAUGCCCGCGUUGUGUUGUUGGAAGAUUUGCACGCUGUUCCCGCGAAAUUCACAUUCCCCAGUGGGGAGAGUGGGAACGUGAUGGGUCUUGGGGCUUUUGCCGCCAACCGCGCGCGCCACGCGGCAGCGGAGCAGGUGUAGUUCUUGGCAAAUAGUAGUUAAAAUCCCCAGCUUUGGAGUGGUGCUCGUCGAGCUCAGCUCGCCCACCAACCUAUAAAGCCGAGCUGAGCGCAGCAAUCCAAGAAAGAGAGAGAGAGCGCGCAAUCCAAGAACACGAGAGAGAGAGGAGUCCAAGAACGAGAGAGAGAGAGAGAGGGGAGGGGAAUGGAGGAAUUAAUGGCGCCGAAGAAGAGGGAGCUGCUGCUGCUGGAGCGCAGGGGGUCGGAGAAGCGCCUGCGGGUGACGGUCCCAGUCGCCGCCGCCGCCGCCGUGGCGGCCGUCGGUGUGGGGACGGCGGCGCUGGCGUCGCCGGCGACGAGGAUGCUGCGCAAGAUCGUGCUCGUGCUGCUCUUCCUGCUGCGAAUGAGCGAGAGGGUCACGGUCGUGGAGAGCAUCUCUCAGAUUGGCCGUAUGGUUCAGAGGCUUCACAAUGCUCAGGGUGUUAUUAUCAAAAAAUUGGAAAAUAUACAGGAAAACAUGCUGGAGCGGAUGGAAAACAUGCAGGAGCGGAUGGAGGAUAUCAGUCAUGAAGUGAAACAAUUGAAGCAUCUGCAUUCCAAUCGUCAUGCUGAUCAACACCCAGGACUGGAGCCAAACACAAAUGUUCAACUGCGUUUCCUGGAUAAUCUGAAGACUCCUGUUUACACCGAAAAGAACAUCACAGCUGAAAGCAACGAGGCUAUCAGAAUAGGUAUCUUUGAAGGUGACAACAUGAUUACAGAUGGCCCACUUUCCAAGGUGAAAGUCGAAAUCGUAGUUCUCCGCGGUGAUUUCUCCAACGAUGGUCGGGUGAGCUGGACUGAAGAGCAGUUCAACAAUCACAUUGUGCAAGGUCGGAAUGGGCAAGGAUUCGUGUUGGGCGGUGAUUGUGGUGUUUGGUUGAAAAAGGGGGAAAACCGCUUGGGCAAGAUCCGUUUCAAGGAAGGAUCAUCCAGGACCCGCAGUCGGAUGUUCAUUUUGGGAGCAAGAGUAUGCAAGAGCGAAAACACCGGUGUCCGAGUUCAGGAAGCUGUCAUGAAGCCAGUUACCGUGUUGGAUCGCAGAAAUGAAGCAAAUGAGAAGAGGCAUCCUCCAAUGCUGGACGAUGAAGUGUUUCGCUUGGAGGAAAUCUGCAAAGAUGGGACUUACCACAAGAGGCUUCAGAAGGCUAAAAUCUUCACAGUGCAUGACUUCUUGAAGGCUUUGAACACGAACGCCAAGAAGCUCCGUGAAGAAGUUCUCCAGAUGAAGAAGAAGACGAACUCAUGGGAUAAAAUGGUUGGGCAUGCCAGGGAGUGCUGUCUCAGAGACCAGCAUGAGCUGAAAGCGUAUCAAAGUGAAGAAGAAAAUGCGACACUUUUCUUCAACGGUGUGCAUCAAAUUGUUGGAGCAAAAUUUGGUGGUGAUUAUGUCAUAUAUGAAAAUUUUGAUCCAGCCCAAAAGACAAAAGUGAAUAAACUGAAAGACCGUGCACAUGCUAAAUUGGAUGACAUUCCAUCCGAUUUUGUAAUGAAAAACAACAUUCCUGAACCGAUCAGUCCAACUUCAGCAGCUGCUGCAGGCCCAUCAAAUCGUUCUGAUCAUCAGAUGCCAAAUCAAGGAACUAUAGGAGCUGAAAACUUGUGCAAUGGUGUGGCGUUUUACUCGAAUGCAAUCUGCGACUGCAGCACCUCUAAUCCUAAUGAUGUGAGCACACAUGAUUAUCCAGAUCAAGCACCAACGCCAUUUCCUGAUUGGCAACAAGAUCUCCAAAGGCUGAUGAGCUCUUCUGAUACAAUCGACUGGCCGAGCUUUGAGAGGAUUGUAUUGGGUGGCACCUCAGAGGAAUCGAGUUCUGCUCAACACCAAGUUCAUCAACUCCAUGAAAGCAUGCCUCCUGCUACAUCGCCAUGGGUGGCGGCGCCGCAAUCGCGUGCUCAACACGGGGAGGAGCCUAGCAGGUUACCAUUUCCAGGAUCAGACCACAAUAACAACUGUUAGUAACAAAUUGACAGUGCAGUUCUUCUAUGCCAAAAAAAGAAAAAAAAAAGGCAAUGCAGUUAUCAGGUUGCUGCACAGCUAUGUACUCAGUUGUCUCGUCAGUGUAGUGUACAGAUUUGCAGUGUGCAAUUCUGAUUUAGGUUGUGGCUAUCUUAUUCAUCUGCAGAUCAUUAGUGAUCUACGGUGUGUUUGUAAUGUGUAACUGUAAGUCUGUAACAAUGCAGGUGGUAUGUCUGCUGGCCAAAAGAAAGAAAAAGAAAUGAUCUGUGAUGUAUUUAUUUCUUUUCCCUGAUUAGGGAGCUCAUUUGUAUAUGGAAACAUGGUCUAGAUUCUUUACAUUUAUUGGAUCUUCACGCUACAAUGCAACA